UUAUAUUUAUUGAUAUUAUUAUUUUAUUUUCUCUUUAUGAAAUUGAAUUGAAAAGACUAGUUAAAAAUAUGACUACUAUUAGGCCUUUUAAUUGCGAAGACAUGUUAAAAUUUAAUAAUGUAAAUUUGGAUCCUCUUACUGAAACCUACGGGUUAUCAUUUUAUACACAAUAUCUUGCACACUGGCCUGAAUACUUUCAAGUUGCGGAGUCUCCAAGCGGAGAGAUCAUGGGUUACAUAAUGGGUAAAGCUGAAGGGCAUGGUGAAAACUGGCAUGGACAUGUAACAGCACUCACUGUCAGCCCAGAUUUCAGAAGACUGGGCCUUGCCGCUACCCUAAUGAAUAUACUUGAAGAUGUUUCUGAAAAAAAGAAGGCUUACUUUGUAGAUUUAUUUGUGAGAGUGAGCAACAAAGUAGCUAUAAAUAUGUAUAAAAACUUGGGAUAUAUUGUGUAUAGAACUGUCUUAGAAUAUUAUUCAGGAGAUCCGGAUGAAGAUGCCUAUGAUAUGAGAAAAGCAUGUUCCCGAGAUGUAAAUAAGAAGUCAGUUAUACCUCUAACACAUCCUGUGCGGCCAGAAGAUGUAGACUGA